AUGCCAUUGACACACAGCGCUGACGCGGAAUGCGGGGAUAUUGUGUUUGAGCGUCCACGACGUCUGGGGCCGGGAGUGGAGGUUUUCAAUGCAAAUGAUGUGCCAAUUACACCUAUUGGUCCAUGUGUUCAACCAGAGGAGUAUCCAAGCAAACUAAGCAUUAAUGAGAACACCUUUUCGUGUUUUAACAACACAGAAAGUACACCACCGUCGUUAGGCUCAUUUGCAUCUCAAAUGGGGGGUCUCAGCGAAUCUCAAACACGAUCUCUGGAAAACUCCAGCAGUUUUUCUAUGCGGAAAAGCCUCACAAAUAAUCACCGUGUUUUGCAACACCAACUCCGACGUAUUCUUCUUGUGGGAAAACCGGGACUUAUCUGUACACAUGUGGCAUCCAAGUUAUUAAAGAAUGGACAUCAUGUGCGACUGUUAGAGCGUGAUUACCGUAGUAAAAUAGCUCUUCGAAGUUUAGCAAAACUUGUUGAAACUCGACCCUCACGUUUGUCAUUGUUUUACGAAGAUGAUAUUUCAUUGGCUGUAGCUGACUGUGAUGGUGUCGUUUACCUUGACGGUCCUGACACUUCAGAUGCUUCCGAUACCGAAGAGAUUCAGAAGCGCUUUUUGGAAUCCAUGCAAGAUUUAUUUAUUUCCAUAAGAAACAAUGGUAAAAGUGUUCGAUGGGUUGUUUUGAUAACUCCGGCCUCCAGUAUGUUUCCUGUUGAAACUACACUACUUGAAAAGAAACGUCGAGAACAACAAGCCCAACGUGUAGCACUGCGGGAGGCAAUGCGUUUAUCAGAGAAGUCAGGUGUUCCAUUGACGGUGAUUCUCCAUUCCAUGGUGGUGGGACCAUCCCUCAUUGGCGAGUGUGACGGUAACGUGCAGGCCUUUGUGAACUUCUCGAGGCAAAAACGAUGUUUCACCACUCCGCUUUAUUACAAUAUAGUGGAUGUGAGAGAUGUUGCCGAGGCAUGUGUUGCCGUAUUGUUAUCUCCUGCGGCUGCACAUCAGCUUUAUAUUCUCUCUGCUGGUGAAAUGAGUCUUGGGCAGAUGGCGACGACGCUGCAUGAGUGUAUUCCUACGCUCUCAUCGCCCACACUGGAGUUACCAGCGCCUGUCGCAAAGUUGUUGAUGAAACUCGGCGUCUUAAAUCUUAUUGGGUGUCACUUUUGUGAAUGUAUUGCAAGCGAGCGGUUUGGUUACCGCUACACCUUAAGUAGUCGAAAGGCACAACGUCAACUUGGAAUUCAAUUGCGCAGUCCACCGGUAGCUCUUAUUACGGCUGUGGCACAAACACUCAAUCUACCAGCAGAGGAACCGCAGGAACAUCUUGUUACUGUUCCUCCCCUUCAUGUAAAGAUUGAUGGUGCUCGUUGGCAGAGAUGGCAGAAGGGAUUUCUUCUUGCUGGAAUGUGCACCGUUUUUUGUGCGAUUGGGUAUGUUGGCGGUAUAUACUUUUUUUCAAGGCAAAUAGAAGUGAAAUGCAAAUAA